AUGUCGAUCUCCAAAAUCGUAGGUUUUCUGGUUUUCGCCUGUCUCCUGAUCUCUUCCUCUGUAGCUCAGUCUCCUGCUCCAGCUCCCUUCAGCGGCGGAGGAAGGCGGAUUAUAUCUCCGGCGAUCUCUCCUUCUCCGUCUAAAACCCCGACUCCUAAAUCCUCCGUCACUUCUCCUCCUUCAUCGUCUCAAGCAGAUUCUCCUUCCAUCGAUACUUCAGCAGCAGCUCCGUCUUCCAUCUCCGAUUCGCCAUCAGAAGCUCCUGGUCCAGCACAGAGCAACGCCGUGGCUAACAGAUACACGGUUUUUGGUGGAUCCGUCGCCGCUAUGCUAUGCGCUGCGUUUUGGGCUAUUCGAUUGACGAAUGUUGCCGUCGGAAGCAAUUUCACUCGGAACGCCGAAUCUACGCGAUUCUCGAAGUCCUACAGUGCGGAUACCGCAAUCGGAGGCUCGUAUGACGAGGAAUCGGAAGAGAAAGACGAUCUGAGGAGCCGGAUUUUCAGAUUGAGACUCCCGAAGCGGAGCGCAACGACUGUUCUCGAGAAAUGGGUUGGCGAAGGGAAUCAGCUUACAGUCACUGAACUUCGAGAGAUCUCCAGAGAGCUUAGGCGAACUCGGCGUUACAAGCACGCUCUCGAGGUUACAGAGUGGAUGGUUCAGCAUGAAGAAUCUAACAUCUCAGAUGCUGACUACGCGUCACGCAUAGAUUUGAUUUCAAAAGUUUUCGGUAUCGACGCAGCUGAACGCUACUUUGAAGGUCUGCAUCUAGCUUCAAAGACAACUGAGACAUAUACUUCUCUCCUUCAUGCUUAUGCUGGCUCCAAACAAACCGAGCGAGCCGAGGCCCUGUUCAGGAGAAUCAUAGAGGCUGAGAGUCUCACAUUCGGUGCCAUCACGUACAACGAGAUGAUGACUUUAUACAUGUCUGUCGGGCAAGUUGAGAAAGUACCCGAGGUUAUCCAAGUGCUUAAGCGCAAAAAGGUCUCCCCGGACAUUUUUACUUACAACCUGUGGCUAAGUUCAUGUGCUGCAACCUUUGACAUAGAUGAGCUCAGAAAGAUUCUGGAAGAGAUGAGGCAUGAUGCUAAUUCCAAAGAGGGUUGGGCUCGGUAUAUCGAUCUUACGAGUAUCUACAUAAACAGUAGUAGACUAAGUAGUGCGGAGUCCAGCUCACCGGUUGAAGCUGAGAAGUCUAUUUCACAAAGAGAAUGGGUCACGUAUGACUUCCUUGUGAUUCUGCACACUGGAUUAGGAAACAAGGAUAUGAUAGAUCAGAUUUGGAAGUCUCUGAGGAACACUAACCAGAAACUGAGCAGCAGAAGCUACAUUUGUGUGCUUUCAUCUUAUGUAAUGCUUGGCCAUUUGAGAGAAGCCGGGGAAGUUAUAGAGCAGUGGAAGGAGUCUAAAACGACAGAGUUCGACGCUUCUGCUUGCUCGAGGAUCUUGAAUGCUUUUAGAGAUGUCGGGUUAGAGGAAAAAGCCAGUGAAUUUCAAUUGCUCUUGGUUCAGAAGAAAUGCAGCGUGGAAAACGAGGUAUCAUAAGAUUGGGUCUCUGAGACAAAUAAGCUGUGAAAUUCUGAUGCUAUUGGCAAGAAUCAGAUCAAGCUCAUCAAUAAAAAAAUAGAGGUUUUAUUACUCUUCACUGUAAUUUUUUGUUAUUUUGUUAUUUUUGUUCCUUACGUCGGAGGCAGUGAGACUUACGAUUUUCUCAUUUGAAGAUUUUGCUUACGAUCUUUUUACUCGAACGAAUCAUUUAUCGCUGCGAUUAAUAUCCAUGGGCCUUUGACCAGGUCCAUUAGAUUUCAUAUAAAG